AUGGGGCGCCUGACACCAUGGAGACCCGGGACCCCACUGAUCUUGGGUCCUGCAGGGGUCAGGCGAAAGUGCAGGAGGACCAGAAGGAAAGUAAUCUGCCGCAUCCAGAAUGAACAGAACAAAACCCCCUCACUCCAGGAAGAAGUCAGGAGCCCAGUGGGGGCUGCAGGUCCAGCCCGGAACAACCUAGACAUGUGGGGUGCUCCGUGGCUCACGCUUAUGUCCCGCAGGCUAGAGCCCGCGCCAGGGUCCGCAGUCUUUGUUUCGGACGCGGAACCAGUACUUCAGCUGGUUACCGAGGCGUCCCCGAAGGGGAAAGGGUGGACACAUGGGGCACCUGACACUAUAGAGACUCAGAAAAUCCGCAGAUCUGGGGGGUCCUGCAGCAUCCAGGCAGACAUGCCGGCAGUCAAAGAGGAAAGUCCUCUGAAGCCUCCAGAAGGAAUGGAACAGGACCCAGCACUGCUGGAAGAAGUGGGGCACCCAGUGGCGGAUGCAGGCCCCACACACCGCGGCGGGACUCCGCGGUGCCCAGCUCUCCAGCCUGGGGAUUCUCAUCACCCAGUGUUUCCAAAAGAAAUGAUCUACAAUCGCAUGACCAAGCGCCACAAACAAACAAACAUCUGAGGGAAGUCCAUUGGUCACUUCGAUUUUUCAAAGGUGACAAUUGUCCCUCCUUGAAAUCUUAAGAGAGUAUGAACAGGCUUUUCUAAUGGAUGUGCAAUUUACACUAAAACUGAUUGAAAGGUGAAUUCUGAUUCCAAGGUACUUUGUAUUCUCAAAUUGUGUCUGCUUCCCCUGACCCCCUCAAAAUGGGAGUGAUGACUACUUGUCUUCUUAGCACUGUGGGGACACAAAGCCUUAGAUGGAAGUGUGUCAAAAACAACAUUCCAUAAAAGGCUGUCACUUCCAAUUUUCAAGAAAGGUUGGAAACCAACCAUGAUGUAUGAAGCACUGUCAGCCAAAUUGAGCAAUUAGUAAUACAAAAAUGAAUGGUAUAAACUAUUCUACAUAUGUGUGGCCAUGAUGGCAAUUUACACAUCAAAAAAACAUGGCCAAAUUCAGGAAGAAGAAUCUGUAAACUCACAGCUGUUGGGAAGCUUAAUGUCUGUGUACUGGAACCUAUAAAAGUUACUUCUCCAUG